AUGCUGUUGAUGGAAGAGGAAAUGUUCGUGUUACAAAUGUGGUUCAAUGUUUCCCUUGAAACUCGAUGCCCCAAGAGAAUAUAUGAUGUGAAAAUAUAUGGAGCAACCUCCCUGAGAUACGCCGGCAGCCCCUUCAGCCUCAAUGACGAGACAUGGACAGUGUCCUCGGGCGAAUCUUUCCCUGGCCAUGAAGUGAUGGGAAAUGAAGACGCUGCCUCACUGGGACCGCUUGGUGAUGAUGUCUCUUCCAUAAUCAUUCUCGGCCAAAGCGCUUGGACAUUCUAUGACGGCAGAGACUUCCACGGGACCAACAGUGUCUGUCUGUAUCCGAAUUUCAAGUUUAAUGAUGACUCCGAAGAUCGCUCCCUGCAUGUGGGCCUCUACCCGACGCCCAGUCACUUCCAGAUCAGCGACAACAACAUCGAAUCGGUGCGGAAGGGAUGCUGGUCCAAGAACGUGGUGCUCGGGCAGACCGUCAGCGCCAACUUCAGCUCCUCCAGCGGCGCUUGGGGAACCCUCCAGGGCUAAAAGGUGCCGUCACACUAGCA